ACUAAUUUUGCUUUCUCCGCCAGUCGCCAGUCGCCAGACGCCAGUCCGCUGUCCGCCUCACUCACUCAGUUCCUCACCCUCAGUCCUCACCCUCAGAAGUCAGACCUCACCAGUUCUCUGCCAGUCCGCCACCGGCCACACGGCUCAAGCAGUCAAGCCCUCACCAGUUCUCCGCCUCACGACUCACGCGGUCACGCCCCCACGACUGAGCCCGUCAAGACUCAGUUUUCUAUAUCUUUUUCCGGCAGAGCAUUGCACUAAGCGCUGCUCUCGGAACUCAUAUGGCAAAAGGAUUGCAGCUAUUCGUCAGCAGAUUAUCGUUUUACACUACGAAUGAAAGAUUGAAGAAGCUCUUUUCACCUUUUGGCGUUGUUACAGAAGCGAGGCUUGUUGAAGACCCAAGAACGCAAAGGCCUAAAGGUUUUGGAUUUGUUACCUUUGAGUCAGAAGCAGAUGCUCGGAAUGCAUUGAAUUCCAUUAACGGAAGGGUAAUUCCUCAACUUUGUUGGUAGAUGUGUACACUUGCUUCUGUGUGUUUGUUGAUGGUGUGUUUUGUGUAUAUUUUAUGGAACAUGCUUAAUGAUGGUGCCUAUCAUCAGUUGUGGAUGUAGCCUUCAGCAAUGAGUGCAAGCACACCCGCUACUUCCCAUUCAAAUUUUUAGGUUUUUCUUAAAUAUUGUUUUUUUUAAUUAAAUCUGUCCAUUGUUAGAUAGGAAACACAUAGUUGUUAUAGUGGUGUCCCACUUUAAAAACUAGGUGUUCCUCUAUUAUUGACAAUUCAUAGUCUGUCUUUCGCUUUGAAAACUAUUUAUCAAUCAUAGAUUAAAGAAGACAGAUGUCUAUUUCCAGCACUUCACAACAAAACUAUAAGCGAAAGA